AUGAGGUCCCACGCCACGGCCCCGAAGCCUGUCGCCGCCGCCGCCCCCGAGGUCCCACGCCACGGCACCGAGGCCCGCCGCCGCCCCUCAGGCCCCACGCAGUGCCCUCGCAGGCCCCGCCACCGCCCUCGAGGCCCCACGCCGUGCCCCCGCGGCCCGCUGCUGCCCCGCAAGCCCCCGCCGCCACCCCCGAGGCUCCACGCUGUGCCCCUGCGGCCCGCCACCACCCCCGAGGCCCCACGUCGUGCCCCUGCGGUCCGCUGCCGCCUCGCAGGGCCCCGCUGCCGCCCACGAGGCUCCACGCCGUGCCCCUAUGGCCCGUCCCCACCCCCGAGGCCCCACGCCGUGCCCCGUGGCCCACCGCCGCCCACAGCUAAUCUGAAACGAGCGGUGAACAUUAAAGAUGAGCGUAAUGGAGCCUUUGAAGUUGAUAUUGGGAUGGCACUUGACAGAUUAGAUGGUGACACUGGUGAUGUAAUAGUUUCUGAGCAAGAAGAGGAAGGUAGAGGUGCGGAUGAUGAAGAAUAUGUCGCGAAUGUGGAUGGCAAUGGAGAUGGAGGUAGUGGAGAGGGAGAUGGGGGCAAGGACAGAGAAAAGUGUGAGGAUAGAGUUGGAGAUGCAGAGGAGGAGGAAGAGGAGGAUACUGCUACUCAAGCUGUGUUCAGGUAG